AGAAGGUUCGGUUGCGCGUGUGCCAUGGACUCAGCCGCCCGGUGAUAUUGACAAUAGGAGAGAGAAAGGGGCAUUGACGGAAACCCACCGCGGGUACCGAACGGCGGCUCUGGCAGCGGCGGUUUCAGCUCCAGCGGCUCCUCCUCCUUCUCCUUCCUUCUCCUCCUGCUGCCGCUGCAGAUCCAGUCUUCCUCCCUCCCUUCCCCCCCUCCCCACGUCGUCGCCGUCGCCGCCGGGUCCGGGGCUACGAGCAGAGGCGCCGCCCGCCGGGAAUGUGAGCGAGGAGCCACCGGCGGAGCCGCAGCGGGGUCGGUGCCGAUUUGAUGGGACGGGCCCGCGGGGGAGGAUCGUGAGGACGCCGCCGCCGCAGCGCUGAGGUUCAGGUCCGGCCGUGAGGCCUAGAGGCGCCGCCGCCGCGGAACCGGAGGGACGCCGCGCCGGACAGCCGUCGCCCCGGGCUCCCUACCGCUGUCCGGACCUCCCCCCGCACGUCCCAGUCCCGCCACCCGCCCCCGCUGCGGCCCUGUCUCUGGCCUCCCGCCCCUCGAAACCACAGAUCAUCUUCGGAUUUUUCCCCAGAAGCUUCAAGUAGGGAUAUGUCCUCAGCACCAACUACUCCUCCAUCAGUGGAUAAAGUAGACGGAUUUUCUCGGAAGUCCGUCAGAAAAGCCAGACAGAAGAGGUCACAAAGUUCCUCACAGUUUAGGUCUCAAGGCAAGCCUAUUGAGUUAACACCUCUGCCGCUGCUAAAAGACGUUCCAUCCUCAGAGCAGCCUGAACUGUUCCUAAAGAAACUUCAGCAGUGCUGUGUCAUUUUUGACUUCAUGGACACGCUAUCUGAUCUUAAAAUGAAAGAAUACAAGCGCUCCACUCUUAAUGAACUGGUGGACUACAUUACAAUAAGCAGAGGCUGUUUGACAGAGCAGACUUACCCUGAAGUAGUUAGAAUGGUAUCUUGCAAUAUAUUCAGAACUCUCCCUCCUAGUGACAGCAAUGAAUUUGAUCCAGAAGAAGAUGAACCUACCCUCGAGGCAUCGUGGCCACACUUACAGCUUGUAUAUGAAUUUUUCAUACGAUUUUUGGAAAGCCAAGAAUUCCAACCCAGCAUUGCCAAAAAAUACAUAGAUCAGAAAUUUGUCUUACAGCUUUUGGAGCUAUUUGACAGUGAAGACCCUCGGGAACGGGACUACUUAAAAACAGUCUUACACAGAAUUUAUGGCAAGUUUCUUGGUCUUAGAGCAUUUAUCCGAAAACAGAUUAACAAUAUUUUCCUAAGGUUUGUUUAUGAAACAGAACACUUCAAUGGUGUAGCUGAACUGCUGGAAAUAUUAGGAAGUAUUAUCAAUGGCUUCGCUUUACCUCUUAAGGCAGAACACAAACAGUUUCUGGUGAAAGUGUUGAUCCCUUUACACACUGUCAGGAGCUUAUCCCUCUUCCAUGCCCAGUUGGCAUAUUGUAUAGUACAGUUUCUGGAGAAAGAUCCUUCACUCACAGAACCAGUUAUUAGGGGGUUAAUGAAAUUUUGGCCCAAAACAUGUAGUCAAAAAGAGGUCAUGUUCCUUGGGGAGUUGGAGGAAAUAUUGGAUGUGAUUGAACCUUCACAAUUUAUUAAAAUUCAAGAACCUUUGUUUAAGCAAAUUGCCAAGUGUGUCUCCAGCCCCCAUUUUCAGGUGGCAGAAAGGGCCCUCUAUUAUUGGAAUAAUGAAUACAUCAUGAGUUUGAUAGAAGAAAACUCUAAUGUCAUCCUUCCCAUCAUGUUUUCCAGUCUUUAUAGGAUUUCAAAAGAACAUUGGAAUCCGGCUAUCGUGGCAUUAGUGUACAACGUGUUGAAGGCAUUUAUGGAAAUGAACAGCGCCAUGUUUGAUGAGCUGACAGCCACAUACAAGUCAGAUCGUCAGCGUGAGAAAAAGAAAGAAAAGGAGCGUGAAGAGUUGUGGAAAAAACUGGAGGAUCUGGAGUUAAAGAGAGGUCUUAGACCUGAUGGGAUAAUUCCAACUUAACAGAAAUAAUGAUGACAACGUUACUAACCUGUGGAGUCACGCAUUUAUGUAGUAGGAGAUGGAGCAACAGUUUUCUGUAUUGUGCAACUUUACAGUAGAUUUCACGUUUGUUUCAUUAUUACAACAGCACUGUAUAUACCUGUCUCUAAGUAAAGGAAAAAGAAUAAGGACUUCAAUCCAAAGUUUGGACAGUAGAUGAACUUCUCAGAACUUUGCAAACGUAAUCAUUGUUCUAACCCUCUUUAAAAAAAAAAAAAGGAAAGCAGUCUUCAAAGAUCUGUUGAUGAAGUUGCUAUGUUAAAAUUCCAUUAUUGAGAGUUCCUUAUUUAUCACUAGCAGAGAGUAUGAAACAAUUUUCAAAUGUGAACAAUCUUAAAUUUAGCUUGUCUUUCUGCUAAGCUGUUAAAUGUAUUUAUAGUAAAGGAAGAAAAAAAGACUGUCAUUUCCUCAUAAGUGUGUAUAACAUCCUCCUCUGGAUAACUUGACUGUAAUUUGACAUCUUUUCCUUUUGCACAUCUUCAUGAGUUGAAUGUCCACAUGGAAUGGGGCCAUGAAUUAUAAAGGUCCCUGAUAAGAAGUUUUGUUUGCUGGAGUGAACAUCUCUCCAGUAACCAGGUAGUCCUGGUACUCCUUUAGUUUUAAAAUUAGGAGUAAAAGAGAUGAGGUGAUAAACAUAGUAGGGAAGGGAAUGUUGGAUUCAUUUAUCAGUUUAUGGUGAAUCCAAAUCAAUGUCUUGAAUCCUUUGAAAACAGGCACUGGGACAUCUUAGGCUUCAGUACCUGACCAGUAUUAGUAGUGUACAUCAUUGAACACACGUACCAGAGAUGUUUUAGAAAUGUCAGAAAACAUCCUUUUGGACCAUUUUGAAAUAAGAGAGAGAAACACUAAACACUACAACCAUGAAAUUGACGGCCAGGAUUUUGGAUCUGAUUGGGAAUAGAGUUGAGCAAACAGCUUGGACUGUUUGGAGUUGUUGCCUUACUUUUUAAUACGUAUUUAUAAAGUAUUCCAGCAAAAGAGGAUGUAGCCUCUGGGAAAAAACAAACCUGUUACAGUGUUUUUUGUAGAUUCUCGUUCUAUAUCUCGUCCCAGCGCCAGCCCUGUUUUUAGCCAGAAAGGAUUCAGGAUAAGCAUUAUGCAUUCUGAAUUGGAUGCGUAUUCCUAACUACUGUAUUUGUUACCAAAAGUGGUUCUACAAAUGCUACUGAAAAAAAUCUGGAAAUUCCUAAUGUCCUGAGUAUUAAUAAUAAAGUUUAAAAAUGCUUUUAUAUCAAAGGUGCAUUGUGACCAAAUUGUUUAAGAAAAACACAAAAAACAAACAAAACAAAAUCUAGGGCCGUAUUAUAAAUAUAUUGUAUUGGCGCUCUGCUUUGUAUUUAAAGUUGGAGUGUUACAUCUUGGGGAGAUAAAAUGCUGAUAAAUCUUGUGUACAGUGUGUACUUACCUAAUGCGGUUGCAUUAUUAUGUACUGAAAGAUGUAUGUUUUGGGAUUUGUUUCCAGGAUGCUUUUGCUCGUUAUGGACAUGGCAGCAGUGAGUUGAUAAUCCUAAACCAUCACUUCCAGCAGUAUUCGUGGUAGAGAGCUGAUUCUGUGUUCAUGUGUUGAAUUGUGAUAGUAGCCAACAUGAACAUAAGAACUGUUGUUGCUCUUAAUAGAAAUAAUAUAUCAAUAUGGCUUGUAUAUUUUCUUCCUUCCGUUUAAAUAGAAAGUAGAAUAUGCAGCUUUAUUGUUUCCAAGAAAAAGGAAAAAAAAACCCGCGGACCUUUCUCCCCUAUCAAGUGUUUCAGGAUUAUCAGGUCACAGUUUGUGUGUAAAGCCAGCUAAUUAUGGAUAUUGUCAUCUCAAUAACUUUGUAAAACAAAAGAAAAAUUUGGCAUUGUUAAUUCUGAGAAAGAAACAGCAGUAAAAGAGUCAUAUGCAACGCCAAA